AUGCACCUCUUCCUCUCUGUUAAAAUCUCAAACAAAGUUGAUGAGAGGAGCUUUCAGCUAGACAAGGCAACUGGUGAAGUACUCGCAGUGAGUGCAGAGAUUUUAAUCUGCGAUUUUGCUAUGGAAUUAUCCCAAAAUUUGGGGUAUUAA